AGAGGAUGGAGAAUUUUACGUUGGUCUUAGCAGACGGAUCCGCUAGAGGCGGUCCUUGCCUCAAAUUUGCCAAUGCCCUCUGGGUUGAGGAGUCUCUCUCUAUCAAACCAUCUUUCAAGGAGGUUGUGGACACUGUUUACAAGGCAGCGAUUAAACAAGUCAGUAUCAAGACUGACCCUGACAAAGCGAGAGUUGAAGUGAAUUCAUGGGUUGAAAAGGAGACGAACGGCCUCAUCACUGAGGUUCUUCUUCCUGGGACAGUUAAAAGCGACUCCAAGCUUAUAAUUGUAAAUGCCUUGUACUUCAAAGGAGUUUGGAACGACCGGUUUAAUGCAUCAAUGACAUUCAAGCAGAACUUUUACCUUCUCGAUGGUACUACAGUCCUGGCGCCGUUCAUGUGCAGAAGCUACGAGGACCAGUAUGUAAGAGCCUUUGACAGCUUCAAGGUCGCAAAGCUUGAGUAUGAACCAGGAAAAGACAAGGAGCGGCAGUUUUCGAUGUACUUUUUACUUCCUAAUGAAAGAGAUGGGCUCCCAGCUUUGGUCGACAGAGUUUGCUCCGAGCCUGGUUUCUUAGAUCGCCAUCUCCCCAAAACAAGAGUCGAAGUUGGUGCCUUCAAAAUCCCAAGGUUUAAGUUUACCUCUGGCUUUAAAGCUUCCAAAAUCCUCGAGGAUUUAGGACUGGUGCUGCCUUUCAAUGGGAAUGGUGAUUUGAGUGAGAUGGUGGACUCACCUCUUCGCGAGGCCAAUAUAAUUCAUAAAUCCUUCAUUGAGGUUGAUGAAGAAGGCACAAAAGCUGCGGCUGUUUCUGUUUUUGCCGAGGAGUGUGGUUGUGCUGAGCCAUUUGAACCGAUUAAACGGAUACACUUUGUGGCUGAUCACCCAUUCCUGUUUUUGAUCAGAGAGGAAAUGACUGGAACGGUUCAGUUCAUUGGUCACGUGCUCAAUCCGCUCGAAGAAUGAUUUUAUCAUAGAUCGAGGGUCAGAAACGGUCUCUUCUUAGUUCACUUGGUAGUCCAUGCAACUCUUUAUUUUUAUGUGAUGACUUUUAUUUCUUUUUAAUCUUUUAAGAUAUUGGUUUUGAUAGCCAAUUGGAUGCGCGUGAUGAUGGAUUGUUCUCAGAAUAGUACUAUCUUUACCUUUUAUUUGUUGUUAACUUUUGAAAAUAUUGUUUCUCAUAUCUAUUAAGAAAGUAUGAACCCAAAGUCUUACAUUCA